CAGUUUGUUUCAGUAUACCCGCCGAGAAACUUCGUAAAGGCAAGAGCUCAAGCUCCGAAGAAAAGUGAAAAGUUUUGUGGUUUUCGUUUUGUUUUUGUUGGACUAAAGUGUCAAUUGGCCAAUAAGUUCAAUUGGUUAGCGACGACGCGUCGGUAUCAGAAGUUAUAGCUACCCAAAAAAAGCGGGGAGUGUUGUGGCUCUGCCCCGUUUUGCCUCUGCUCCCUUCUGGGGGAUGGCAACCACGACUUCGAAGCUCGAACGGAGUAAUAUGUUUCAUUUUUGUUAUCACUGUAUGCAAAUCGGAUAUUAAAUAAUACGUAUGGAUUGGUGAAAGUGUGUUAACAGCUUUGCAUAUGCUUUAAGAGUAACGCGACCAAAGCGAUAACAAUACCAACAAAAAAAACGUGCCUCAUCUUGAAUCCAAGUUUAUGCAUAUGCAUGGAAGGUUAAAAGUGCAGCACAAUAAAAAGAGAAUUUAACAUGCGACUGUGCAAAAUCAAUCUCAAGCUAUUUGAAUAACUCGCCCAACCAAACCGAAUCCAAGUGCUCCUAUUCUCAAAGCUAAGACCUCGUAGUUGCAUUAGGUAUGAACCUACCCAUAUGGUACUGUAACACAACAUGCAUCGAACUGUCGGCUUGUUGCUGAUCCUUUGUAUCUGCUGCACAGUGGCGGUUGACAUUCUAAUGGCUACACAAGGUGGAACAAAGUCACACAAAAUACCAUUUUGGGAGUUGGCCAAGGGAUUAAUAGCCAGAGGACAUAAUAUUACCUUCCUAAGUGGGUUCCCGGCAGAUUUUCAUAUCGAUGGCCUGCAAGAGGUGACGCCAGCUGGCCUUGUUGAAUACAUUCAGAACUAUACGAAUUGGGAUUUGUUGGGCGCUCGAAUUGCUGGAGAAAUGCCUAUAAAGCCGUGGGAUGGUAUUCGAUAUGCUUUUGAGUCGUGUGAUGCUAUGCUUGGCGACGCGGAGACCAAAGAUUUGGCGAACCGUAGCUUUGAUCUAGCCAUAUUGGACGGAGCUUUUCCCGAGUGUGUGCUGGGACUGGUACAUCAAUACAAAAUUCCUUUCAUGUACAUAAACACUGUAGGCUUCUAUACAGGAAGUCUCUCGGUAGCGGGGAACCCCAUAAGCUAUGCCAUAACUCCAAACUUUUACUCUCGCUUUACGGACACCAUGAGCCUAUACGAGCGGGCAAUCAACACGGGAAUGCAGAUCGGACAAAAUCUAAUGCACAUGGUAAGUAAGAUCUGCGCAUGGCUUCACAAUGUAACUUUAUUCUCCAUUUAUCUACAGUAUGUUAUUCGGAGAACGCAUCUCGUCCUGCGAGAACAUUUGGGCUCCCACAUGCCACAUCCCUACGAGAUGUCACGUAAUGUAAGCUUUAUUCUGCAAAAUGGCCAUGCGGUGGUGUCAUAUCCCAGAGCUCUCAAUCCUAAUGUAGCAGAGGUUGCUUGCAUACAUUGUAAGCCAGCAAGAAAGCUUCCCAAGGAUUUGGAGGACUUCAUUGGCGCCUCCGGUGCGUCUGGUUUCAUUUACGUGUCGAUGGGGUCCUCGGUAAAGGCUGCCAAUAUGCCAGAGUCUUUACGUCGAAUGCUCGUCAAGACUUUUGCCCGCCUCCCCUAUCAUGUGUUAUGGAAAUACGAAGGCAGCUCCGCAGAUAUGCAGGAUCUGACAUCAAAUGUGAAACUAUCACGAUGGUUGCCUCAGCAAGAUAUUCUGGGCCACACAAAGCUUCGCGCCUUUGUCACUCAUGGGGGCUUAUUGAGCAUGUUUGAAACAGUCUAUCAUGGAGUACCCGUGGUAACAAUGCCUGUUUUUUGUGACCAUGAUGUGAACUCCGCCAAGGCUGAGGCCGAUGGUUACGCCAUUAAGCUGGACCUGCAGACACUAUCGACCAAUCAGCUCUACAAAGCCAUUAUGAAAGUGAUACACGAUUCCCGAUACAGAAAUGCCGCCAGAUAUCGACAAAACCUCCUGCUUGAUCAGCGCUCGACAGCUCUUGAGACUGCCAUAUACUGGACGGAGUAUGUGCUCCGCCACAAGGGCGCUUAUCAUCUUCAAGCUCCAGCACGAAAUAUGAACUGGGCCCAAUACUAUCUACUAGAUGUGGUGGCAGUAUAUCUUCUUGCCUUUUAUGUGCUCGUUUUGUUAAUAAAGCGCCUCGACUUCCGCUCUGAAAAGCUGAGCCUACAAGUUCCUUCGACUGCCGCGCCUACAGCAGGCAAAACAAAGUCGAAGAAGAUUUAACUGGAUCCCAACCUUAGAUAAAUGAUUAGCCCUAUAUCAGUUUAAACAUUAAUCUUAAGAGGGUUUUCUUGUGAUUUUCAUCAAAACCAAUUUAGCUUUCUUUUCCUUAUAUUGAUGUGAGAAAUUUCCUUGUAAAUAUUUACUUUCUCAAUAAUGACCGAAAAUGACUUCACCAAUAGCCUAGAAGAAAUUUUAUUAUGGAAAAUUGAAGCCAAAGUCUACAAAACAAAAUGCAGAGAAAAUUUGAAACGAAAUAAAGAAUAAUAAUAAGUU